UCUUGUUGCCCCCUUUUGAAAAACGGCAUACUUGGACGGACCGGCCAUCAGCCAAAAAUAGGGUCUCCGUCUUACUGGGACCAAGCUAAACAAACCGGGCUAGUCACCUCCGGCUGCAACUGUCAAGACAGGCAGCAAACGCCAAUCGAGGAGAAUCAGAGAAAAGAGCAGCACAGGAUCAAGCACGACUAAAACGAGAGAGGCAUCAGGGCGCGCCAUCACCCGCCAGACCAACACCAUCGCCUCACCUUCAUUUCCGUCUGAUUGACGAAUAAGGACGCCUUCCUUCCCUCCAGUCCUGCCAUCUCAUUCUCGCCUCUUUUCCUUCAUCGGCCCUUUCCCCCUCUUCAAAUCUACUUACUCUCGUUUCCCCCAUUUUUCAAAUCCGUUUUCCCCGGGCUCUUUCUUUACGCUAUAAUUCAACGACUUCCAACGGAUACAGCCCGGGCAGGGUUGCCACAAAGUGGUCUGACCAGUUGUGGGCUUGCCCCGUUUCCUUUGCCAAAAAAAACCCCCCUCUCAGUCGAAAAAAUAAAACAAUUAAAAAAAAAAAGACCUCGAGACACAACCGCGCGCAGCCGUGUGCCGGGCUUUUUCCUCCUAGGGUUCAGGUUCAUCUCACCGUUCCGUUCCCGAGACGGUGUUCCAUUAAGGUACCACAACACGUCCGCUCGACUUGGACCUUGAGCCCAGCAAUACCAGGAUCGUUAUUCUCCUCACUGACGUCAGUGUCACUUGCAUCCAAUUUCGAUCUCGAUUCCUGGGCGGCAUCUUCCUUCUUUUGCCUUGUUUCCCUUCUUUUUAUCAGCAGCCCUGCCUGCACCUUGUUGGAUGCUAGCCCGGAACAGUGCUGCCCAAGCGCUUUGCUACUAGCUUCCUUUUCUUCACCAUGUCGACAGCAAGCACCACAACCACGGGCAAUGAGUCGCCCUUGGAGGAUGAAAACACUCGACGCUCAGAAGGUCUACUCGAGCGUCGGCGACAUCUCACAGAGACCUUGAUCGACAACCCAUACGACUUGAUCACUUACCUCGAACGUGCUGUUGUCCACUCUGAAUUGGGCUACCCCGACUUGGCCGCCGGCGAUGCCUACAAAGCUCUUCUUUUGACCGACGACGUCCUCCACGAGGGCUCUGAGUAUCAUGAGCAAGCUAUCGAGGCCCUUGGAUCCCGCCCUCUGGACCCACUGCCUAUUGUCCUGGACCAUGGGAUUCUGUCCAAGCUCGGAAGCGACUAUCUGACAGACGAGGCUAGAGACCAAGCGAGCCUCGCCGCUCAUGUGGCCAAGCUAUCCUCUGUUCGCGCCUUUCAGAUUCUUGCCCUCAGUCUUUUGUUGUGCGGGUGCCUGAAAAGCGCGCACGAGUUUUGCGACCGAGGUCUGCUGAUCGCUCCCGAGAACGACGAACUCCUUCAAACGAUGGGAUACAUCAAGCAUGUGGCGAGUCGGCGAUGUCGCAGAGACGACUUCAAUGUCAACGUUCUUCCGGAAUGGGGGCUUGUUCGGAGGGAAGUCUACCCCUGGAACACAUACGAGCCUGACCGUUUUGCUCCCGAGUCCCUCGAGUUUCUGAACGCCGAACUAGCAAAGUCUGCACCCAAGUGUGCGGUCCAAGUGUCUAAGCUCCCAGUCCUUUUGGAGGCAGCCAGCGAUAUGGAUGGCUACGAUAUCAUACCCACAUGCAAUCAGCUGGGCCUCUUUGCGACGCAAGACAUUGCGCCAGGAGAGGCCGUCUUGGAAGAAUAUUCGCUUUUGACCGCCAAUAAUCGCCUCAAGGAACCAGUCUGCGAUGCGUGUAGUGCGGAACUGCCACCGUUGGGUAGCGAGCCAGCCGCUGUCAGCUGCGACGAAUGUUACGACACAGUUUUCUGUAGCCAACACUGUCAUGAUAUGGCGCAAGAACUCUACCACCCUGCUGUAUGCGAGAAGGAUGUCGACGCCAUCGCCAAGGACCCUGAAGCUUCGGAAGCCGAUGAGACACUACACCUGCUGCUUCUUGCACGUGUCUUGGCCAUGUCCAAUCACCAAGAGAUACACCCCUUGGAUGUGACACAGAUCAAGUACAUCUGGGGUGACUUUGUGCCUUCAGCAUCGAACGAUAUCGAGAUCUCACCGAGUGCGAAUCCGCCGCCGGAAUGGACGCUGCCAUUCUCGUUCAAGUACAAUAUCGAGACACCCUUCCACAUCCUCGAAAAGAUGGACGUCGACAUUUAUAGCACUAUUCAAGAACACGAUUUGUGGGUUCUUAAUACCCUCUACAGCAAAUUCCGCGGAACGGCAUCAGCCCGUAAGAACCCACGCGAUGGUCGACCCGAUGUCGCUGCAGUACACCCCCUUUGGUGCUUAGCCAACCACGACUGCAAUCCGAACGUCACAUGGGAUUGGGGAGGACAGAUGACACUUUGGGCGCGGAAGACAAAGGUCGUGGGCGGCGCUCCAGGAGGGCUCAAGGCUGGUGAAGAGGUCUUGAACCACUACUGCGACGUAACAAUGCCCGUCGAUCAACGAAGGGCUUGGGCAAAGGGAAGUCUCGGCGGAUGGUGCAUGUGCCAAAGAUGCCGAGACGAAGCUGCUGCUGCUGCCGAGCCGCAAGCAUACUGAACCUUGCUCAUCAUCGACCGCAAGAUUGGAAGACCUACCAGAGACUUGACAGUCUACACUGCCUACUUUCGGCCGGCGAUUUUUGAACGUCGGAAAACUUGCGAUUAGCGAGCGAUUUACGGGGAAUUAGAGGAAACAUACCAUUAGAGAUUAUAUCAUUGGAGGGGUCGAAAUUCGGGGUUGAGGCAACAGGAAGAUCCAUUUUUUUACGUCCGUUAGGUUAGGGAUACCUACCUUACCUUAGGAUAUGCUUGUACACGAGUCCCCUGGUCAUGGACUUGGGGGAGAGAGGGAGACAUACACGAC